AUGGCUCGCCAGUCGAUGCGUGUUCGUGUGAGCAAGGAUCCUCCAUCUUCUUUACGCGGGUGUGUUCAGCUGCUUAUCUGGCCAAUACAGAAGAAGAAACAGUCAUACAUCCAAACGCACUUUGGAGAAUUUGGCCAACGUCACAGUGCGGGAUCGAUUUCCUGGCACUUCCGUGGCAGCAGGAGACGCAAGUCCAUAGCGAGCAAGCAAACCGCCUACGUUCAACUGGAAGAACUGCCCAGUACAUCUUUUCAAGCGCCCUCAUGGAGGAGACGGAAGCCCACAACGAGCGAGCAAACCACCUGCGUUCAACUGGAAGAAGUGCCCAGUACGACUUUUCAAGCGCCCUCAUGGAGGAGACGGAAGCCCACAAUGAUCAAGCAAACCGCCCGCGUUCAACUAGAAGAACUGCCCACGUCUGACUGGAAGAACUGCCUGCAACCAACUGGAAGAACCGCCUGCUACCAACUGGAAGGACCGCCCGCGUUUAACUGAAAGAACCGCCUGCUACCAACUGGAAGAACCGCCUGCUACCAACUGGAAGAACCGCCUGCUACCAACUGGAAGAACCGCUUGCUACCAACUGGAAGAACCGCCUGCAACCAACUGGAAGAACUGCCUGCAUCUAACUGGAAGAACUGCCCGGUAUAACUUUUCAAGCGCCCUCACGGAGGAGACGGAAGUCCACAGCGAGCAAGCAAACCGCCUGCGUUCAACUGGAAUACUCGAGUGUUUCCGUUAAAGUAGACGGGUUGCCACUUGAUAGACGGAAUU